AUAGCGUGUAUAAAUACAUGCCUUUCGCUGGUUCCCUUUGAGCUCUCCCCUCGCAUAAACCCUAAUUUAUCUUUAGGGUUUUUCAUAUAGCCGUUCUCUCCCCGCGGUCUCAUCUUCCAUAACAAUGGGCAAGUCUUCUAAGAAAUCAAAUCUUAAGGUUGAUGCCGCUCCAGCUGUAGGUGCUCCGACUAAGCCGAUGCAGAAAGGUAAGAGAGAAGCGGAAGCUGCGGUCGAAAAGGUCAGCGCAAAAAAGCAGAAAAAGGAUUCAGCUUUAGAACAAGCCAUAGAAAAGAAAAAGGCCGAUGCCAAGAUUCAGAAGAAGGUGGAAAGCAGUUCCUCUUCAUCUGAUGACGAUUCUUCUGAUUCUGAGGAAGAAUUGAAGAAGCCAGCUCUUAAAACUGUAGCUGCACCUAAGAAACCAGUGGUUGCCAAAAAUGGGAAGCUUUCAAGCAGUUCAGAUGGGAGUGAUUCUGAUUCAGAUGAGGAGAUGCCUGCUGCCAAGAAGGGUCCUGCUCCCAAAGGAAAGAGUGCACCUGUCAAAACCAUUAAGAAGGAAGCUAGUUCUAGUGAUUCAAGUUCUGAUGAUGGUAGCUCAGAUGAGGAGAUGCCUGCUGCCAAGAAUGGUCCUGCUCCUAAAGGAAAGAGUGCACCUGCUGCAUCCAUUAAAAAGAAGGAUAGUUCUAGUGAUUCCAGCUCUGAUGAUUCAGAUGAGGAGAUGCCUGAUGCCAAGAAGGGUCCUGCUCCCAAAGGAAAGAGUGCACCAAAGAAAGAUAGUUCUAGUGAGGAUGAUAGUAGCUCAGAUGAGGAUGCCCCUGUUGCUAAAAAAGUGCCUGAUGCCAAGAAGGGACCUGCUCCCAAAGGAAAGAUUGCAUCAAAGAAAGACAGUUCUAGUGAGGAUGAUAGUAGCUCAGAUGAGGAUGCCCCUGUUGCUAAAAAAGUCCCUGCUAAGAAUGGUGCAGUAAAACCGAAGCAAGGUGAAUCCAGCUCAGAAGAGGAUAGUAGUUCGGAUGAAGAAGAAAAGGUAGUGAAGAAGCCUGCUCCUACUUCAUCUGCCCCCACCAAAAAAGUUGAAAGCAGUUCAGAUGAUGACAGUUCUGAUGAAAGUUCUGAUGACGAGCCAUCUAAAGCUGAGGCUGUUAAGAAGUCUUCUACUGGGAAGAAGGAGAGCAGUUCUGAUGAUUCCUCAUCUGAGGAGUCUAGUGAUGAAGAAGAGGAUGCACCUUCAAAGACUCCAAAGAUGGGUGCAGAUGUGAAGAUGGUUGAUGCAUCUGAAAAGAAAGUUCCGAAGACACCGGUCACUCCUAAGGCUGAAUCCCAAGGAUCCAAAAGUCUAUUUAUGGGAAAUUUGUCAUGGUCAAUUGAACAGGCUGAUGUAGAGAAUUUCUUCAAAGAUUGUGGAGAGGUAAAGGAUGUUCGUUUUGCUUCACAUCCAGAUGGGACGUUCAAGGGCUAUGGGCAUGUUGAAUUUACUACUUCUGAGGCAGCUUUAAAGGCUCUUGAACUUAAUGGUCAAGAGUUAAUGGGCCGAGAAGUGAAGCUUGACCUUGCUAAAGAGAGGGGAGCUUAUACUCCGAAUAGUGGGAAAUUCGAUAAUUCCUUCCAGAAGCAGGGUAGGGGUGGAGGUGAAAGUACAACUGUGUUUGUUAAGGGUUUUGACAAGAAUGAUACUGAAGAUAAGAUCAGGAGUGCUCUUGAGGAUCAUUUUGGUUCUUGUGGAGAGAUUAAAGGUACCAGAAUCCCAACUGACCCAGAAGGGUACAUUAAAGGGAUGGCUUAUGUUGAGUUCACGGACAAUGAUGCAGUGAACAAGGCUCUUGAGCUCAACAACUCCCAAAUUGGAAACAACACCUUGUAUGUCGAUGAAGCUAAGCCAAGAGCUGAUAAUCGUGGUGGAGGUGAGAGUGGAGGCAGAGGAGGUUGGGGUGGUAGGUCUGGUGGUGGAAGGAGCGGUGGUAGGGACAGUGGUGGCAGGUUUGGCGGAAGGGGAGGUGGUAGACGUGGUGGUGGUGGUGGCAGGUUCGGAAGUGGUGGUGGCGGUGGCAGGUUUGGAGGUGGUGGCAGAGGAGGCGGCCGAACUCCUGGCAAGCCAAGCAUGACUUUUUCUACUGGUAAGAAGACAACUUUUGAUGAUUGAGGAGUAGGCUGUUAAGCUUGGCAUCAGGCAGCAGCCACAGCAGCAUAUUUGCCAUUUUUGUUUAUUUUAAGACUGAGCUUUAGUUUAUUUUGGAACAUGACCUAUGAUAGUUUGUAUUUCGUUUAUCCAUGUGGGGAUCUAUCUUGUCAACAAUAGUUUGUUUGUUUGUUUACCUACUAUUUAUUUAUACUCUACCGGCACCUACUCAUAUUUAGAGUUUCUUGCUUUUA